AUGUCCAAUAUCGAUGGAAUGACGGAUGGGGCAUUCAAUAGCUCAAUUUCCGGUGUUGAAAAGUUGGCCAUUUGCAAUUUACAACAAGAAACCAAUAGAUCUGAUUCGUGCACCAACGUGUGCAAGACAACUCCUGCGACCGAUAUACAACAAGGAGCUAGCACACUCGAAUCUUUCCCUGAAAGUGAGACCACCCGCUCGGACACGAUAUCAAGAGAAGCAUCUUGUACAUUCGAACCAUUUCCUCGGCUCGCCAUCGAAUUAAGGCUGGUGAUAUGGGGUCUAGCUUGUUCGCAGGAGCGUCUACUCGAAAUAACUACUCAUCCAACGGAUAUAUCUUUCGAUUUGGGUGCUCCAACACCACCAGUCUUGUUUGUCAACCACGAAAGCCGUCAAGAGGCUGAAAAAUAUUACAAGAAAAUACGUCUACAUUUUGGUAAUUUGGAUUCCGCUCAAGUUUGCUUGUUUCGAACUUUCUUCGUCAAUCCCGAUAAAGACAUCUUUGACUGCAGUAGCAUGAAGUUUCAGAGAAAUUAUUGGCGACUUAAUAAUAACCUUCUGUAUUACUAUGAUAUUAAUUCUGGACGUUCAAUUGGAACUUGGAUGUGUAACCUAUUCAAUGAACUUAGAACCGUCAAGUAUUCACAUUGGAAUCGUCACGAUGGAUUAGAAUUCUUGGGCCACCGUGCGGUCACGUUGAUGCCGAAUCUAAAGGAAUUCAUCCUCAAACCUACAACAGAUAUUCCUCGAAAUAUCUGGGGAGCAUUUGGUUGUAGGAAGGAACAGAACGUUUGUAUCGAAGAAAUGCAGAGUGCACUUCAAAAGGAGAACGAAAAGAACCCUGCUUGUCCAACGCCUGUGGUAAAAUUCGAGAUAUCGGUUCAGACUCCGUCAUCCGCCUUAUAA